AUUGGGGGGCGGGGCUACAGCCAUGACCUUGACCUUAAACUUGACCUUGACCCCCCCCGACCCCUCGCCGCUGUCCAUGGUGCUGCAGCCUCUGCCCGGGGCCGGGGGGAGCCCCGGCGGGGGCUGCGGGCGGGGGGGGCAGGCUCCUACCGGCCCCCCCCAUUGGUACCGGGAGGAGGCUGCGAACCGGAUCCGGUUGGCCCGGGAUUGGCUGCGGGUCCGUGACGCGGCCCCGUUUCCCCGGGGGUGGAACCGUUCCGGCGCCGCCGCAGAAGCGCCGGGAUGAGCGCGGCCGAGGGCUGCCCCCGGUACCGGCGGGGGGGCGGCGGGGAGGCGGUGCUGAGAGCCCGGGAGGAGGCCGCCGGUUACCGGAGGCUGCUGCGGGCCCGCGCUGCCGAGGUGGAAGCGCUGCGCGGGGCCGUGGGGGCGCUGCACCGGCGGCUGGAGGGGCUGCGGGACCGGCGCAGCGGGGAGGUGGCCAAGUACCAGGAGCGGGUGGCGGAGCUGGAGCGGGAGAUCAGCGAGGCGGAGGCGGAGAUGCUCCGGUGCCUGCGGGAGUACCCGGCGCUGCUGCGGCUGCGGAUGGCGCUGGAGGCGGAGAUCGCCGCGUACCGGGAGAUGCUGGAGGGGGAAGAGCUGCGCCUGGGGGGGCUGGGGCCGCCGUGACCGGAGCCCGGGCCCCCGACCCCGCACUUGGGCACCUCGGGGUCCCCCGAGCCCC